AUGGCACUCCGGGUCACCAGGAACUCGAAAAUCAACGUCGAGAAUAAGACCAAGAUCCCCAUGGCAGGCGCCAAGCGGGUGCCCGUGGCCGCGGUCGGAGCCUCCAAGCCCGGGCUGAGGCCGAGAACUGCGCUGGGAGACAUCGGGAACAAAGUCGGAGAGCAGCCGCAGGUCCCGAUGCCUCUGAAAAAGGAAGCUAAGUCGAUAGCUGCUGGCAAAGUUAUUCCGAAAAAGCUGCCCAAACCUCUGGAAAAGGUGCCCGUGCUGGAGCCGGAGCCGGAGCCGGAGCCGGAGCUGGAGCCGGAGCUUAAGGAAGAAAAACUUUCGCCUGAACCUAUUUUGGUUGACACUCCCUCUCCAAGUCCAAUGGAAACAUCAGGAUGUGCCCCUGCAGAAGAGUAUCUGUGUCAAGCUUUCUCAGAUGUGAUUCUUGCUGUGAGCGAUGUGGAUGCAGAUGACGGAGCUGACCCAAACCUUUGCAGUGAAUAUGUGAAAGACAUCUAUGCUUACCUGAGACAACUGGAGGAAGAGCAAGCUAUUAAGCCCAAAUAUCUCAUGGGUCGGGAAGUCACUGGAAACAUGAGAGCUAUCCUGAUUGACUGGCUAGUCCAAGUCCAGAUGAAAUUCCGGUUGCUGCAGGAGACCAUGUAUAUGACUGUCUCCAUUAUCGAUCGGUUCAUGCAGAAUAACUGUGUGCCCAAGAAGAUGCUGCAGCUGGUUGGAGUUACAGCCAUGUUUAUUGCAAGCAAAUAUGAAGAAAUGUACCCUCCAGAAAUUGGUGACUUUGCCUUUGUGACCGACAAUACUUACUCUAAACACCAAAUCAGACAGAUGGAAAUGAAGAUUCUGAGAGCCCUAAAUUUUGGCUUAGGUCGCCCUCUGCCUCUGCACUUUCUUCGAAGAGCAUCUAAGAUUGGAGAGGUCGAUGUUGAACAACAUACUUUGGCUAAGUACCUGAUGGAACUAACCAUGUUGGACUACGAAAUGGUGCACUUUCCUCCAUCGCAAAUUGCUGCCGGAGCUUUUUGCUUAGCACUGAAAAUCCUCGAUAAUGGUGAAUGGACACCGACACUACAGCAUUACCUGUCCUACACCGAAGAAUCCCUUCUUGUUGUUAUGCAGCAUCUAGCUAAGAAUCUGGUGGUGGUGAACAGUGGACUUACAAAGCACAUGACUAUCAAGAACAAAUAUGCCACAUCCAAGCACGCUAAGAUCAGCACUCUGGCACAGCUGAAUUCAGCACUAGUUCAAGACCUAGCCAAGGCUGUGGCAAAGGUGUAACCUGUGAACUUGAAGACUCGGAGUACUAUAUCUGCAAAUAAAAUUGGCACCAUGUGCUAUUUGUACAUAUAUGUUUCAUUACUUUUAAUAAAGAUUUUCAUCCUUUUUACUUAGACCUUAACUCAUGGCUAUUUCCUAGGGUAAUUUAAAAGUUGUU